CGGCUGUGUCCUCUACACUGCACGGUUCUUGCUGACUCAUCUUCACCAUGGACUUGGUCUCAAUUCUUCUGGCAGUCACUGUCUUCUUAAUUUUGUACAGUGUUUUCAACAAGGAAAACAAGAAGUACCAGAACUUUCCUCCAGGACCUAAACCCUUACCGAUCAUUGGGAACAUGCACAUGAUUAACACGGUGAAACCCCAGAAAUCUUUAUUAGAGAUAUCCCAAAAAUAUGGCACAGUAUUCAGCGUCCAGAUUGGAAUGGAGAAGAUUGUUAUCCUCUGCGGUUACAAGACGGUGAAAGAUGCUCUUAUAAACUAUGCCGAAGAAUUUUCAGGAAGGCCCAAUUCACCGAUAACCUCAGCAACAUCAAAUGGAUAUGGUGUUCUCUUUUCUCAUGGAGACAACUGGAAAAUGAUGAGAAAGUUCACUCUGUCAACAUUAAGAGAUUUUGGUAUGGGAAAGAAGACCAUAGAGGAUAAGAUCAGUGAAGAAUGCGAAAAUUUGAUGCAGACUUUUAGAUCUUAUGACGGAAAACCUUUUGAUAACCAGUCCAUCGUGAAUGCUGCUGUAGCCAACAUAAUUGUAUCUAUACUGUUGGACUGUAGAUUUGAAUAUGAUGACCCUACAAUACUGAAGCUUAUGAACUUAGUUAAUGAAAAUAUCAGUAUCCUGGAAAAUCUUAUGGUUAAGCUGUACAACAGUUAUCCCACUCUGAUCGGCUGGCUACCUGGGAGCCAUAGAAGAGUGGCUGAAAAUUACAGAGAAAUGGAGGACUUUGUCGUUGCCACAUUUACCAAACAGAAAAAAGAUUUUGAUGUGAACAAUCAGAGAAACCUCAUCGAGGCUUUCCAAGCUAAGCAACAGGAGGGAAAACCAGAAUCUACAUUAUAUUAUCAUAAUAAAAAUCUGAGCACACUGGUGAUGGACCUGUUUGCUGCUGGAAUGGAGACGACUUCAACCACUCUGCGAUGGGGAUUACUAUUAAUGAUGAAAUAUCCUGAAAUACAAAAGAAAGUGCAAAAUGAGAUUCAAAGUGUUAUUGGAUCGGCUAAACCCCAAACAGAACAUAGGAAACAAAUGCCAUAUACCGAUGCUGUCAUUCAUGAAAUUCAAAGAUUUGGUGAUAUAGUACCUGGAAGCCUCCCGCAUGCACCAACUAGAGAUGUGACCUUCAGGGGUUAUUUUAUUCCAAAGGGCACAAUUGUUAUCCCAUUGCUGCACUCUGUGCUUAGAGAUGAAACUUGCUUUGAGAAGCCAGAAGAAUUUUAUCCUGAACACUUUCUUGAUUCAGAGGGAAAUUUCAAAAAGAAUGAAGCCUUUAUACCAUUCUCACUAGGUAAAAGAAGUUGUGCUGGAGAAAACUUAGCAAAAAUGGAGCUCUUCCUGUUCUUCACAACCCUACUACAGAACUUCACUUUCCAGGCCCCAUCUGGUGCGGUGCUGGACUUAAGUCCUGCUCCGGGGUUCAUUAAUGCCCCAUUACCACAUGAAAUAUGUGCAAUUCCUUGCUGAUUACAAAUAUCUAAUGCUAUAACAAAGAUGGGACCUUGUUUUCUGUAAAGCUUAUUAUUUUUAAAUUAUUUUACUACUCACACAGUAAAGUUUUGGGCAAGUGUAGAAAACAUGCUGC